AUGCUUUCCAAGUCGUUCAUCGCCCUCGCUGCACUCAUCGCCUCCACCAGCGCCCUCCCGCGCAAACGCCAGGUCGAUAAUGGGCCCACCGAGGGCUGGGAGGACGUCGGUUGCUACACCGACUCAGCAGUCCCCCGCACCCUCAUCGACGCGUCCUUCGCGGACGCAGAGAUGACACCCGCGUUGUGUACCGCUUUUUGUGAGGCGGGCGGGUACGGGUUUGCGGGUGUCGAGUAUGGUUUGGAAUGCUACUGCGGCUACGUAAUCCAACCCACGGGCGCACUCACCACCGCCGCCGAAUGCAGCGUCCCCUGCGGUGGCGACCCGACGCUUACCUGCGGCGCCGGGAACAGGAUGUACAUCUACACCAACGGGCAGGCGCCGCCUAGUGCGCCUGCUACGGUGGGUGAGUGGGAGUACCAGGGGUGCUAUACGGACUUUGAAAACCAAACCCGCACUCUCCUCCGCGUGAUCGAGUUGUCAGGUCCGGCGACGAUCGAGACGUGUACCGCGGGAUGUAAAUCCGAGGGACAUCGGUUCGCCGGGUUGGAAUAUGGUGGUGAAUGCUGGUGCGGCGACGAACUCCUCUCAGGCGGUCCCACCGCCGAAUCCGAGUGCGCCAUGACCUGCGCCGGUGACCGCACCCAGAUCUGCGGUGGGCCGUUCAGGUUGACGCUCUAUCUCGAUACGGAGGCGCCUGUGCCGGAGCCGGAGGAACCUGAGGAGCCUACGCCUGAGGAACCAGAGCCUGAGGAACCUACCCCAGAGGAACCAGAGCCUGAGGAGCCUACCCCAGAGGAGCCUGAAGAACCAGAGCCGACUCCUGAAGAACCAGAAGAGCCGACCCCGGAGGAGCCCGAGGAACCUGAAGAGCCCGCUCCUGAGGAACCCGAGCCGACCCCAGAGGAACCCGAGGAACCCGCCCCAGAGGAGCCAGAGGAGCCCGCCCCAGAGGACCCGGAGCCCGUCCCUGAGGAACCCGAGGAGCCAGUUCCCGAGGACCCUUUCCCUGAGGAGCCACUCCCCACCGCUUAAACGAACUCAUCCAUCGCUCGAGAUGUUUUGAGCUAUUUUCCUUGCUGGGUUAGGGAUUCUUUGCCUCUUUCACUCGCUCCUCCCUUUCUCCUCUUUUCGAUUUCUGAUAAUGCGUGAUCCCUAAGGCCUGGUUGAAGGUACAGUCUGCUAUAUAUUGGUUUCGAUUAUUGGUGUAAUUUUUGGAUUUUAAUCUGUUGUAGAUUGUGAAUGUUGGAAUGGUGAUUGAUUGAUAUUCCCUC